UUAAUAAAAAAAAACACUUCUUAGGUUAUAAUCAAAUAGACGUUUAUUUACAUUUCUAUUUACAGAAAUAAGAUAUAAGAAAUUUAUUGAUAAAUGAUAGACCACUUUAUUUAUUUGAAUUGUGCUAGUAAUUUGAUUUUACAAAAAUGUAUUCAAAAACAUUGCAAAGGCGAUGGGCUAAACUAAUAUGUCGCUCCCUAUCUUCGUUGGAAGGUCAAAAAUUACCGACAAAUUCGACAUCAGUGGAUGGUAUAGCUCCGCCGCCCAGAAUUCGGCGAGGACCCACUGAUAUCUUGCAAGCACUAGCUGCUACUGUCGGCGUAGAUCCUACUGCCUCACAUUACAAGUAUCAUGAUGACCCAUUUUUAAUACCUCAGUCAAAUUACCGAAAACGUGCUUAUGCAUUAUCAGCAGAGGCUGGCCGUAAGGCUGCAGCUUGGAUAAGAGAUGAACACUCAUCCUUAUUUACUACUAGACAAUGGGAUCCACCCAUAAAAAUGACAACUCCAUAUUUUAAUGCUGAUCCUCGGAUAGAUGCUUUUGCACCUAAACCUAUAUAUAAUGAUGAGAGCAAGGUUACUGAAGAUGACCUAAGAUAUACUAUUAAUAACGCUCUUGUUGAUGAUGCUAUUAAAGUCUGCCAACUCUUGGGAGGUGCGGAGUCUCUUAGUUCAGAGUUAAAAUUGGACUUUUUGCAGUUACUCUGUUUUUAUAAUGAAAAAGAUUCUGUCCCUGCUGAAUGGCUUGAAGAAAGAUGGUUUUCCGCUUCAACAAGAGAAAGACAUGCAACAACAUGGAGAAUGGGGGGGCUGGCUGAUAAAAUAUUCCAGUCUAUGGAGCCAAAGACUUCUGAAGCAUAUUGUGCCAUCAUACAAGGGAUGGCAAGAUUUUAUCAGGCUGAAAGAGCACAUGUCUUGGCACAUCAAGCAAUAGAGAAUGGAUUACAGUUAUCUACAAGUGUUUACAACUCUUUAAUAUCUUGUGUAGGAUUUUUAAAGGAAGGCACUAUCUUGAGGAUUGAGGCUCUGAAAACAUUAUUGGUGGAAAUGUCUCAACAGGGCUUAUCACCUAAUCAAGAGACAUUGACAGCAUGUUUAAAAUCAAUCUCAGCUUGGGGAGGUGGAAAUAAUUUACAGACGUUCGCUUCACAAAUUGUCGCUGAAUUCAAAAGCUUGAACAUCCAGCCAGGACUCUCAGCUUAUUAUUAUUUAUUGUGUUUGUACUGCAAAGAGAGAGGUCCUCGGAUAGACAUUUUAACAGGAAUCCUAACAGAUCUGGAAUCCAGAGACAAUUUAGAACCAACAGAAGUCACAGAUACAAACUUCUUCAUAACUGCAAUGGGUGUCUGCAGUGACCAUUUACAGGAUAUAAAUCUAGCCGAACGACUGCACGCUCUGCUAAUGAAAGGUGACAACUACAAAUUAGUCGGUGAUGCUUAUAAAGAAAGUAUCUACUACAGGCAUUUCGUCACCGUUGCCUGCAGACAUGCCCCAUUCGAGAGGACAACUCAGCUGUUAGACACCCUGAUUCCGAAUGUGUAUGUUCCGGAACCGUCAGUCAUGGAAGAGAUAAUAAAGACACUGGAAGUGGCAGGCGCGGGCGACAGAUUGGCCGCAGUGUGGUCAGAGCUCAUAGUGUACGGGCAUGCCAAGAGAUUGAGACUUGUGGAGAAUCUGUUGGCUGCUCUGUGUAACACGUACUCUUAUCAAGAUGAAGAAACAAAAGAGAAAAUGCGAGCGGCCGCAGCAGAUAUGAUCAAAUUUGGUCAAAACGAGGAGCCAAUGGACACCAGAGACCAGCGGACCCCGAAUACACAGAAAUUGUCCGCCGUGGCCCUCACAAACAUAAUCCAGCUGUGCGGCGACGUGAAAGACAAAUCGGAUCCCAAUUGGGACGUGGUGGAAGAAGCCCUGCAGCGGCUGCGAGCUGAUGAAGCCUGUGGAGUUCCCGACAAGCCCGACGUGCUGUCAGAUGUUGCCAGACGGGCCGCCGCUGUGGGGAGACCGGGGCUGGCUGCGAUUGCUGUGAGCUACCUAGCGGAGAUCGGCCUCGAGAACGCCAGUCAGGCCUGCGUGGAAACUCUGGGCGUGAUGCUGAACCGUCCGGCCCACGAUAUUGAGACGUUACUCAAGGAGCCUGCGUCUCAUCUCCAGGAUUCCUUGCAUCCCGCAGCAAUGUUGGUCGCUGAGGCUUACCAUUUAGCAAAGACCGGUGCGCCGCUACAAGCAGAUACGUCCAGUUCUUCGGAUAGCGACAGUGAAUCCUCGGAUGAUGAAUAGUUUUGUUAGUAUUACCGUUAAAUAUUAGUUUAAAUAUAUGAUCACAUCAUAUAUAA